UAUUUACUCACUUUUGGGACGGCACAAAGCUUCAUUGAUAAGUUUUAUGACAUGCAAAUAUUCAUGUUUCCAAACUCUAGAAUGGUAUUUUAACCGAACAAACCAAAACAUAUAUCGUCGAUACCAAGGCAUUUCACCUGUGUUUAUUUUAGUAUAGAACAUUUUAGAAGAAGAUGAAGAGAAGUACAUUUUUCAGUCAUUAUACUUUAUUUGGUGAUUGACCAACGUUUCAGGGUACAAAGUCCAACGAAAUGGCUGCCCGGGACGUUGUCGAAGACAUAAGGAACAAACUCAAGUGUGGCAUUUGUUUAGCUGUUCUACGUGAUGCUAGGGUCCUUACUUGUGGACACACGUUCUGUUUCUCGUGUAUCGAGCAAGACUACAGUGCAUCACAUCUUACUAUGGGAAAAUGUCCUGUGUGCAGGCAGUCAUAUUUUGUGCCACAAAGAAAUGUAAGAAAUUUACCAAAGAAUUUUACUGUCAACGAUGUACUCGAAACAUUGCAACCUGCAGGUACAGGUCGUCUUUGUGCAAUGUGCCAGAAUGGAGAUGGUGCAUACAUAUGUCUGAAAUGCAAACUGUACAUGUGCAGAUACUGUUCAAGGAGAACCACUAACAAUUGUAGCCAUCAACUGCUACCGUUUGAGGAUUUGAAUUCCAAACCAUUUCUUCGAGAAAUCAUACAACGUAGCAAAUCCAAACAAACAUGUCCGUCACACUCUGAUGAAGAUGCGAGUUAUUUUUGUCAAACGUGUAAGCGCGUGCUGUGUGACGUAUGUAGACUACGGGAUCAUCUUCACCACAACACGCAAGAACUCCAGGAAGCUGUCAGAAACCUUCGAGCGAAAGAUAUCCCUAGUUUGUUGGAAAAAAAGAAACUUAAAUUUGACCAAACAAAGAAUUCAUUAACGUUGCAAGCGUCCAGUUACGCGUCGCCUCCCGUGGAACUUCAAGAGAAAAUACUCCGAUAUGAGUCAUACCGAGCGGAAUGUUCUGAUCUCCACGAGGACAUGUGUCAUUUAUUUCAGUUUGGUAGUGACAAAACAAUCCUAGAACUAUUUCACGACCGAGAGAAGAGUAUCAACGAAAUACUUAGCAUUCCAACACAUUCAUAUUUCAAAAGAGUUUUCGAAAAAUUUAAACACAUAGUACGGACUUUUUGGGGGAUAGUGACAUCGUUUGUUCCUCCCUCCAUAAUUCAUUUUUUUUCUGCGUAGGGAUUUGAAGAUAUUUAUCAGCACUGUUACAGCAAGAAAUAUCAAAAUGUUUGUUGAACGUCCCUGUUCGUUGUUUCGUUCUUUAUUUUAACGUCCCCUUAUUCAGGUGUGGUAAAAUAGAAUAAAAAGAUGUUUAACGAACCGAUUUUCUUUUUCGAUUUCGCGUAGAAGCAUUAUGUUCGCGAUUAAAACCAUCAUCGCAAUUUAUAGCAACUUCAUAUAUCCUUACUGUAGCUCAUAUUGUGCUAUGAACACUAGAAAUGAAAUAUGCGAAAUGGAUACAUUUUUUGCAAAUCUGCGAAAAUUUGGAACCACGAAUAAUAUUUUUUGCUCAUAAUAUAUGUGAUUUGCUUUUUGUAUUCAUACAGUACAUGACUUUUUGGGGAAUUGGUUGUCAUAGCAGCAACCAGGGUGAAAUGAAGACAGGAGACCCCACCGAAAAGGAAUACCUAGGGGGGGAAAGGAAACUCAUUCCUAACUUUAGACUUGGAUUUAUAUUUAAUUGAUGUGUUUACUUUCUGCUUGCUGUUAGGAGCCUCUAUGAAGGGACAGACUGUAUAUCUCAGCAUAGCCGACAGUGCUGAUGAAUAGAUGACUGUUAGAAGUUAUGCCCCUAUUUGCUGAAAACGGAGGGUUGAAAGACUUGAUAUAUAUAUGAAACCUUCCUUUGCUUUAAUUGUCAAUCAUCAGAUACGCAUUUCAGCUGUGAAAAUCAUACAUUUAUGCUUCUUUUAUAAUGUAGCAGUAGAGCUUAUCAGAUGGAUUGAUUUUAUUUUAUCUUAUUUUCAACUAUUUCUUAAAGCCAGGAAGAAUAUAUGUUGAUCUGUAUCCUUUACAUGUAUUUUAUACAUCGUUAUGAGGUGUGAAAAAGUCAAUGUCAAAUAAAAUGAUAUUGACCAAUUUGAUAUAUAGAUUUUAUUAACCGUUAUAUACGUAUUGAUAUUUGAUAUAACUUUACUGUAUCAUAAAAUUAAUCUUAAUGCUUUCAUAUAGUUCUUGUAAUAUUAUGCAAUUGUUCUGUCGAAGAAAUUAUUAUCCCGAGGGCUACGCGGUUCUUGACCUCUCUUUGGAUGCAUACCACUUAGGAAAGAUCAUGAACGAAGUUAGAUAAUUUUAGCUGGGAGAGUCAUUUUGUGGAUUUCAAGGACUUUGGAGGAAAUUGAAUCAAAUAUUAUUUGUUUGACUAAUUUUUAAUAUCAUUUUUGUCAUUAUUUUUUCUAUUAAAUAUAUUU